UCAUGGUUGGUAGCGGUGAUUCUGACUUAAGUUGGGGCGUUUUAGGAGAGAGUAGAAUUCAGUAGGAAUCGGCCAUGUGAUACAGCAGCCCCCAAAGAGGGCUCAUUUGGUGUGUCAGAGCCUGAGCACACAGCGAAUGGGGGGUGUGGGUCUCAUAUGUCCCUGCCCUCAUCAGCAUUCGUGGUGUUUGGUUCCAGUCUCCACCUUGAUAGCGUGGGAGUCCAGAAGGGGUGCCCGGUGUGCUGAAGAUCCCCCGUCUCGAUCCUGUGAGGAUUGCGGAAGGACGUGGCAAUGUGCACCCAACACAAGCUGGGAGGCAGUCUUGCUGGCUGCCCGGGGGAAGUGAGAGGAGGUUGGCUCUGUUUGGCCCCAGAGCCAGGAGGUAGGGGACAGGUGUAAGAUUCUCUGAAGGAAAAACUUCCUCAGAAAUGUCCACUAACCAGCCCCAGGGCCCUCCCCUUCCUCAGGUCUUUUCAGUGAGGCGAGAAUUACCUGCUCUGUUGAUAGUGAAGUUUCCAGGUUCCUUAGAGGGGGUUUUGAGUGUAUCCAGAGAUUCUUAAACCUGGGAGAUAAUGGAACUGGCGUCUCCUUAGCUUGCCUCACAUUUUCUUCCUGGCGCUACCAGAGCCUGCCGGGACAAGAGCUUCGCCUCUUGGGGGCACAGGGAGGAGCAGGGAGGAACCCACUGGAGAUUUUUCUAAGUGCCAGGAGGUGAGGAUGGGGCUGGACUUUGCUGCGCCUGGAGUUUAGCAAGGAUGCGAUGCUUAGAGGGAAUUAGAGGAAAAGAAAGAAGUGCUGGGGUAGCCAGAUGUGUCCGUAAAGUUCAGCCCAAGUUUCCUUGAUCCCACCACCCUCUCAGGUCUUAUCCUUCAUCUCCCUUCCUUUUCACUAGCUUCAAAUUGAUAAAAUUGACAAGAGCGGAAAAUGACUGAUGGGCUUUGAUGGGACUGUGAAUUGGGCGGUCCUUCCGGGUGACCAAAAGGGUCUGUACCGGAAUAGACCGAGGCGAGCCUGUGCCUAGUGAGAUCAGAGACAAGAAGGCCCCCAACGGGCUCAGAGUCACUCUUUGUGGUGGGAACCAAGGGCAGGGACCGUAUGGAUGCCAGAGGAGCUAAUUGAGUAUUUAUACUUCAGAAAUCUGCAAAAGCUACAGACCAAGGGUUGGGGUUUGGGUUGUUGUCUAGUAUUAAAAAGGUAUUGGAGUUCAGACUUAAACAAUGUGUCCUGCAUCUCCCCUUCCUUCCUCUCUCCUCUCCCUCCUUCCCAAAAUGCCAGUCUUUGAAUGGCUCAGAGGAAGAAUUGGGGGAUGGGUAGCAGGUUAGAGAGGAGGGGAUCCUGUCAAAGGAUCCAUCACAUUAGGCAAGAAGUUAGGCUGUCCCCGUCCUCCCUUGAGGCUCGGCCUGCCUUGGGGGGGGGUCUCCUGGGAGGCCUUAGGGGACGGCCUCACAAAGGAAAGGAGCAGGCAGAGGCUGGGCGGCCUGGUCCAGAGACUUUGCGUGUAAGAAGGCCAGGGGCUGGACAUUGAAGGGUUCUUGUCCAUGGAGGCUCUGAUAGUGCUGGGGAUGCACUGGGGCCAUGGCCCCCAGACUGAGCAAGGAAAGAAAUCCAGGGCCGGGCUGAAGAGCGCCCCGUGGGAGCCCGGCAGCUGCGUCCUGUUCCAGAGGGGUCCCCUUAAUUCUGUUCAUCUUGAGAUGUUCUCCCUCCCUCCCUCCGUCCUUUGCUGUGGAUUCAUUUUGCUUUCUCUCCAGGGGUGAGUGCUGUCCGUAUCUAUUUCUCUUGGACAUCUCAUGUUUAGGUAUUCGAGCUGGUCUCUCCUCACCCUCUGCAGGGGGAGAAAGCCAGGGUCUGUCUCCAGCUCCUUCAGGCUCUUGCGUUGCCACUUGCCUCAGACCCCUUGGCCCAGGGUCAGGAUGGGAGCACAAGGCAGCGUGCUUCCUGACCACCAUUCCCAUAGUAGGUCCCAAAGUAGCCUUUCUUUUCCUUGUCUCAGUGACAUUCACCGUUUUUCUUGCUGUUUUUCAGAUUUGGAACUGAGCGCUAAGACCACAGAGGAAGCUGCCAGACAGACUGCUGCAGGAAAAGCGCGCUCCCCAGACUUGGAGCCUAGGACUAAAAACAAAGAGGCAACUCCAAAGGAGAUCAUAAUAGGUGAAGAAUCCUCCUCAUUGGUGAAAGUUGAAAGACUCAAAAGGGCAAACUUUUAUUACUCUACGCCUGGGGAAUUUGGGGAAGGUGAGAACUUGGAAAAGCAUCAGCCAGCAAAACAGAAGAGUGAGGUAAGAAUGAUUAAACGGCAGAAGAUUCCAACUGGAAAGAAAGUCUAUAAGUGUAAAGAAUGUGGCUUCAGUCACAGCUCAACCUUUGUUAAUCACAAGAAGAUUCACAUGGGAAAAAAGCCUUAUAAAUACAAAGAAUAUGGGAAAACCUUCCCUCGAUUCUCAAGGCUCGCUCUACAUAAGAAGAUCCGUGCUAGAGGGAAUGUUUAUAAAUGUAAUGAAUGUGAGAAAACGUUUACUCAAAAUUCAGUUCUUCUUCUACAUCAAAGAAUGCAUACUGGAGAGAAGCCAUAUAAGUGUGAGGAAUGUGGGAAAGCCUUCAUUUACAAUUCAAGCCGUGCUAAACAUCAGAAGAUUCAUACUGGAGAAAAGCCUUAUAAAUGUAAUGAAUGUGGGAAGGCCUUCAGGCAGAGUUCAGAUUUUGUUAGGCACCAGAGGAUCCAUACUAGAGACAAGUGUUAUAAAUGUAAAGAUUGUGGAAAAGCCUUCUCUAGUUUUCCAAAGGUCAUUCAUCAUCAGAAGAUCCAUACUAGAGUGAAGGUUUAUAAAUGUAAUGAAUGUGGAAAAGCAUUUGCUAAAAAUUCUGUCCUCCUUUUACAUCAAAAGAUACACACUGGAGAGAAGCCAUAUAAAUGUGGUAUAUGUGAGAAAGCCUUUUUUUAUAAUUCAGGCCUUGUCAAGCAUCAGAAGAUCCACACUGAAGAUAAGCCUUAUAAAUGUAAUGAAUGUGGAAAAGCCUUCAGACAGAGCUCAGAUGUUGUCAGGCACCAGAGGAUCCAUACUGGAGAGAAGCCUUUUAAAUGUAAUGAAUGUGGAAGAGCCUUCAGUCAGAGUUCAGAUGUUGUUAAGCACCAGAGGAUCCAUAGUGGAGAGAGGCCUUAUAAGUGUGAUGAAUGUGGGAAAGCCUUUAUUCGAAGCUCAAGUCUGACUGCACAUCGAAUGAUCCAUACUGGAGAAAAGCCUUAUAAGUGUGAACAAUGUGGCAAAGGCUUCCCUCAAUUAUCAAAGCUCACUCAACACCUGAAGAUCCAUGGUAGAGUGAAAACUUAUAAAUGUAACCAGUGUGGGAAAAUCUUUCCUCAAAGCACAAGCCUUGUUUUGCAUCAACAGACUCAUAAGAGAGAGAAGUCUUAUAAAUGUAACGAAUGUGGGAAAGCUUUUGCCCAGAGGUCCCACCUAAACCAACAUUUGAAUACACAUACUGGAGAGAAGCCUCAUAAAUGUAAAGAAUGUGGGAAAGGCUUCAGUCAUGGCUCAAAUCUUAUUAAGCACCGAAGGAUUCAUACUGGAGGGAAACCAUAUAAAUGUGACGAAUGUGGGAAAGCCUUCAGUCAAAGCUCAGCCCUUGUUAAGCACCAGAGAAUCCAUACUGGAGAAAAGCCUUACACAUGUAAUGAAUGUGGGAAGGCCUUUAGGCAGAGCUCAAAUCUCAUUUCACAUCAAAUGAUUCACACUGGAGAGAAGCCUUAUAAAUGUAACGAAUGUGGGAAAAGCUUCAGUCACAUCUCAGAUCUUGUUCGACACCAGCGGAUCCAUACUGGAGAGAAACCUUAUAAAUGUAACGAAUGUGGCAAAGCCUUUAGUCAGAGCUCGGUCCUCGUUAAACACCAGAGGAUACAUAGUGGAGAGAAGCCUUAUAAAUGCAACGAAUGUGGAAAAGCCUUUAUUCUGAGUUCAAGUCUUAUUGCCCAUCAGAUGAUCCAUACUGGAGAGAAGCCUUACAAAUGUGGUGAAUGUGGGAAAGGCUUCAUUGAGAGUUCAGCUCUUAUUGUCCAUCAGAGGAUUCACACUGGAGAGAAGCCUUACACGUGCAAUGAGUGUGGGAAAGCCUUCACUCGGAGCUUAAACUUGAUUGUACAUCAGAUGAUCCAUACCGGAGAGAAGCCAUAUACGUGUAAUGAAUGUGGGAAAACCUUCAGUCAUGGGUCAGGCCUUGUUAAGCACCAGAGGAUUCAUACUGGAGAGAAUCCUUAUAAAUGUGAUGAAUGUGGGAAAGCCUUCAAGCAGAGCUCGAACCUUAUUCGACACCAGAAGAUUCACACUGGAGAGAAACCUUUUAAAUGUAAGGAAUGCGAGAAAGCCUUCACUCAGAGGUUCCACUUAAAGAAACAUCUGAAUACGCAUACUGGAGAGAAGCCUUAUAAAUGUAAGGAAUGUGGGAAAGGCUUCAAUCAUGAUUCAAAUCUUAUUAAGCAUCGAAAGACCCAUUCUGGUGGAAAACCAUAUAAAUGUAAUGAAUGUGGGAAAGCAUUCAAAAAGUUAUCCGGAGUUUUCAAGCAUCAGAGCAUUCAUACUAAAGAAAAGCCUUAUAAAUGUGAGGUAUGUGAGAAAGCAUUUACUCAGAACUCGGUACUUAUCAGACAUCAGAAGACUCAUUCUGAAGAAACACAUUAGCAGCAUUGUGAAAUCCUUUAUUCCAAGAUCCUAAUGUAUAUCCAAGGAUGAAUACUGGAGAAAAUAAUUCUGAAUAUAAUCAAUGCAGGAAACCUUUAGUUAGUGUCCCCAACUUAACAUCAGAUGAUCCAUACUUCAUCGAACUCUUAGGAAGAAACAAAAAUGGUAAAGUCUUGAUGGUUCUAGACCUUGUUUAAAACCAGAUGAUUCAUACUACUGCAAAGCCUUAUAAUUAUGAUUAUGGGACCUGUUCUAUGUCAUCAGAAAAUUCAUACCGGAAAGCAGCUUUAUAAGAGUCAAGAAGCAGGGGAUAAUGUUCAUAAACUUCUCCCACUUUGUUCACCAUCUAUUCAUACUGAGAAAAGAAAAAAAAAAAAAGCCCAGUGA